AACUGCAACUUUAUUUUGAAAUAUUUUCUUACUUACGAUAUUUUAAAGUACUUUACAUAAACAACGCUUUUUAUUUGCUUUCGAAAGGUUAUUUUACCAUUUCAUUGAUUAGGAAGGACUGGUACUGAGUGACGCCACAGUUAUUUUAGAAGAGUCGAGUAAUAAACAGAAACAUUACGAGGACGGGCGAAAAAGGAGUGAUAUACUAAGUCGGAUGAGCGACGGAAUUCGAGGGAGCUUGAUUAAUAAUAAUAUGAAGAAAACAAAGCCAAUAGCCAGCGCUACUGCAUUUAUUAGAAAAAGAAAAGAAAAAUGGAGACCGUCUUUGACUGGAAGUGAAGAUAUACACGAAGGGAGUACGAGAAGUGAAAGCAACGAAUACGGACAUGCUUCUUCUCCAACAACACCCCGAACUCCGAUGAGUCCAGGUCCUGAUGACAACAAUAUAUCAUUGUAUGACGAUGGAUCUGAAGGUUCUUCCAUCACAGAUGGACCAGUUACUAGCCCUACGACAAAGAAGGGCUUGGAAAAUUAUGUUGGGUUUGCAAAUCUUCCUAAUCAAGUUUUUCGUAAAAGCGUAAAACGUGGAUUUCAAUUUACUUUAAUGGUUGUAGGUGAAACUGGAUUAGGUAAAUCAACUUUAAUCAACUCAUUAUUUCUAACUGAUAUAUACACUCCAUCUGAGUACGAAGAUGCAGCUUCCAAAUUUGGCAAAACCAUGACGGUUAAUGCGUCAACAUUUGAACUAAAAGAAGGUGGAGUUCGUUUACAGUUAACUGUUGUUGACACUCCAGGAUUUGGUGAUAAUAUUGACAAUACAGAUUGUUGGAAUUCCGUCAUUCAAAAUAUAGAAAGUAAAUUUGAAGACUACUUAAAUGCUGAAUCAAGAGUUAAUAGAACGACUAUCCAAGAUACUAGAGUACACUGCUGUUUAUAUUUUAUUGCACCAACUGGCCAUGGGUUAAAACCUUUGGAUAUAGAAUUUAUGAAAAAAUUACACAAUAAGGUGAAUAUAGUUCCAGUCAUUGCGAAGGCUGACACACUUACAGCAGAUGAAUGUUACAAAUUUAAACAACAGAUAUUGAAAGAAAUUGAGGAGAAUCAGAUAAAUAUCUACAGGUUUCCUCCACUAAGCGAUGAUGAAGCAGAAAGUGAUUUAGCAUCCUUAAGAAGAAUACCAUUUGCAGUUGUGGGAAGCAAUACCGUCUUAGAAGUAGGAGGUAAAAAAAUUCGCGGAAGAAAAUACCCAUGGGGAAUAGUGGAAGUUGAAAAUAUCGACCACUGUGACUUUAUCGCAUUACGAAACCUUCUAAUCAGAACACACAUGCAAGACCUUAUUGACGUCACGAACGAUGUCCACUAUGAAAAUUUCCGAAGUGAUCGCCUGUCUGUUCUCACUGGUGGAGGUGCAUCUAUCACGAGUGCUGCUUUAAAUAUCAACCCUAUGGAACAAAUCGAACGAGAGCGUGAAGAUCAAGAAAAAAAACUAAAGAAGAUGGAACAGGAAAUGGAACAAGUUUUUGAAAUGAAAGUAAAAGAGAAAAAAAAAAAGCUGAAAGAUUCCGAAUCUGAAUUCAAUCGCAAAUUCGAAGUUACGAUGCGCACUCUCGAACAAAGUCGCAAAGAACUUGAAGAACGUCGUAAAAAGUUUCAACAAGAGAAAGAACAGUUCGAAGCCGCCUCUCAUGCGGAAGGAUUCAAUAGUAGCAGGUCCAGUAGUAGAUCUUCUUUAAAGCCAGGAGAGAAGGAUAAACAAAAGAAACAGAAGAAAUUUUUCUAGUCCAAUAUAUUCAACAUUACACGAAAGUGAAAGAAAUAUUGUCGCUGCGCCACCGUCUGUUCAAACGUAUACUUCGCAUCAUCCUGAAUCCUUAAGAGCAACAUUUAUCGUAUGUGUGAACAUGGAUGUCUGGUUGCGAGGUGGCAAACACAGUGGAGUUUCAGGCCAUGACUAUUAAAGUAGAAGAACAGAGGAUAUCUUUUUAUUGAUGUAGUAUUUAUAUUUUGUACAACGACUAAAUAUGAAGCCGCGGCGCUGCUAAUAGUAAUCUGAUUAGAAGAAAUAAAUGAUUUUGUUUGAAGUUCAGUUAAAGUUCUCCUUCUGAGUAUGCUCUACAGUCUAUGUUGUUACGUUGUGCAUAAAUACAGCGAAAUAGUUUUGAGUAGGUUUUUUUAGUACGAAAAAAAACAUUUUUUUUUUUCGAAAUCUUAGUAUUUUAUUGUUCAUAUUUUGUUGCUUAUCCUAUUUAAUUUUUUUUCUUCUAUUUUUUUCUUAUUAUUUUCGGUGCUUUUCUGAACAUACCAGACAGUAGCGUUCUCGCAUCAUUAUCCAGGUCUUGUUUUCGACCCCUUUUUUUCCUACUGAUCUAAUACCUAACAAUUGACAGAGAAAAAUUUGCAUGCCAUUUUAUAUUUGUCUUAAUUUUUUUUAUAGAUACCUAUAAUAAUUUCUUAUUUGUCGGUGACUAUAAAGAGUAACUUGAGUACCAGGACUUGUUAACUAAAUGGUUACUGAGUGGAUGGUGUGGUACGAAGGUUGUGAUAAAUUUCACUAAAAAAGAAGUAAAUGUAGAUAAUAUGAGACCUGUCAUUUGUAUUUAACUUUUCUCAUGAAAUUUGUUUCAAAUUCA